AUGUGGUUGGAUGCCAUUGAAGCUGUGUUUGAAUGUACUGCAGGGGCAAGAUGGAGGAAAGCAGCUAAGUGCAAGAGCCUGAUCAAGCAAGUUCAAAGUCAUCUAACUAUCCUGAGGAAUAGGAGAAAGUCUAUCAUAAGGCAGUCGAGGGCUGAUAUUGCUCAACUCCUCCAGGAUGGGCUGCUUCAAAGAGCCUUGGAAAGGGCUGUGCAGCUGUAUAAAGAUCAGUGCCUGUUGUGUGCCUAUGAUCAGAUUGAACAAUUUUGUGGAUGCAUCAUUUCCAAUAUAUCCCAUAUUACCACGCAAAGCUCCUGGCAUGCGUUGCCAAUUGAUACGAGUGAAGCUGUGUCAAGUCUGAUUUUUGCUGCCUCAAGGUGUGGUGAAUUGCCUCAGCUACAUCUAUUACGAAGCCUGUUCAAGGAAAGCUAUGGUUGCGAAUUUGAUCUGGCCAAUGUGGAAUUACAACCAGGGAAUCUAGUGAAAUUUCAGAUUAAGCAGAACCUAUGCAUUAAUUCUUUAUCAAAUAACAUGAAGCAGAAGUUAAUUAAUGAAAUAGCUAACGAUUAUGGUUGUCCUCUUGUGUUUCAGGAUCCUGAGCUUCAGGUUAAUAAGAAAUGCUUCUCUGAGUCGAAACCUGAAGUGCUGGAUUUGGAAAUCCAAGAUAAUUCCAGUGACAUUGAUGAGAAUUGGAUACAACUUUCUGAGUAUGAGACACAAAGGAAGGAUAUGCCACAUUUUAAACCUCUGGCAGCCAUUCCAAGCCAAUCUCGCAUUGACUUGAAUGGCUACUAUAGCUAUACUCAGAAUAAGAAAAAUGCAACUUUUGUUGACAAGCUGGAAGUUUCAUCAACCAGGACUUCAUUAGAAAGUUCUACGCCUCAAAUUUAUGAAACAGCUAUUGUAUACCACAAUUCUUUUGUGGAGAAUCCUUUAAGGAGGGAAAAUGGUAAGAAGUUGGUCAAUGGUCGUUUUUCUUUGGAUAGUUCACUUGAUAAACGGAAAGCACAAGACAAUUCCUCUUGGUCAAGCCAUGUGCAUCCAAGUCUCCCAGAGUAUGAAGACUUAGUGGAUAGACUUAAGGAUCUUAAGGCAGAGUGUAGACGACAUAAAAGCUUCUCAUUUCUCAAAGUUGUUUAG